CCCCUUCUACGGUGUUCAUUACGGUAACCAUUGCGCUCGUGCUGGAUUGUCGUUUGCCAAAUUGUGGUGCUGCGAUGUGAAAGAUUUCCUCAUAAAUAAACCGGGAACCGUGUUUUAUUGUUUCUGUCCCGAAACUACAAAGUAAAGCUGAGUGAAGCGUCUACCUCUUCCUCUCCACCAUGGCCUCCAAACAUCACCCUCCGCUCAUGAAGAAGCACAGUCAGACCGAUUUAGUGAGCCGCCUCAAGACUCGGAAAAUCCUGGGUGUCGGAGGAGAAGAUGACGACGGAGAAGUUCACAGAUCAAAGAUCAGUCAGAUGUUGGGUAACGAAAUAAAGUUUGCUGUACGAGAACCCGUGGGCCUCAGAAUCUGGAUCUUCGUCUCUGCGGUUCUGUUCACAGCUACAGCUUUAGUGGCCCUGGCUUUCCCCAGUCAACUCUACGAGAUCGUCUUCGAGCUCGCCACCACUAGGAUCUCCAUCAGACUCUACGGAGGAGCUCUUCUGAGUAUCUCGUUAAUCCUGUGGAACGGCCUCUACACGGCAGAGAAAGUGAUCAUACAGUGGACUCUGCUCACUGAAGCGUGCUACCUGGGUGUGCAGUUCCUCGUGACGUCCGUCUCGCUCCUGGAGAUGGGCACGCUGUCCGACGGAGCCGCUCUCCUCCUCCUCAUCGACGCCGUCCUCCUAAUCAUCACCCUGUUGUACUACAGUCAGCUCAGCCGUCGUUCCAAGAAGAUCUGAGACGCACCGACUCUCUCUCUCUCUCUCUGUCUCUCUUUCUUUCUGUGUCUCUCUCUCUCUCUCUCUCUCUGUCUCUCUUUCUUUCUGUGUCUCUCUCUCUCUCUUUCUCUGUCUCUCUCUCUCUCCCUCUCUCUCUCUGUCUCUCUUUCUUUCUCUGUCUCUCUCUGUCUUUCUGUCUCUCUCUCUCUCUCUCUCUGUGUCUCUCUCUCUCUCUCUCUCUCUCUCUCUCUCUGUGUGUGUGUGAGAGAGAGAAUGCGAGUAUAAUACUGAGUGCACAUUACAGGAUUUGUCUUUCUGGACAUGUUUACAAGAUCAGUGACUCAUGGUCACAUGGGUGGCGUUGGUUUAUUUUGUUAUUACGCAAACGAAUCUCGAUAUUUAUUGCAUCUACGUGAAUUAGCUCGGGUGCUAAAUUUAAACGGAUCGGAACGGUUCAUCAUUUAGGCUCGGAUUAGCUUUCAUUAUUUAUUUUGUCGGAGUACAAAUAUAUAGGAAAAUACUACCAAAGAAUGAGAUCAUGAAGUUCAGAGUUUUUUUUCUUUCUUUCUUUCUUUCUUUUUUACCCAAAGUUUAUGAAAAAAAUAAAGGAAAUGGCACAAGAACUAAACGUUUGGAACAAAAAUUUGGAUUUUUAACAUUGUCAGUUGCUUGGUGGAGUAAUAACAGAGUCUCAGAUGUCUCAUAAAAGUUUAUCAGAAAGUCUCAUUUGUUUAUUUGGAGUCGUGUCGGUGUAAGCGUUCUCGUUUCUGAACGGUUCCUCUGUGUAAACGUAGCCGUAAUUUAGUCAUCUGAUAUUGACAUUUUAUUAACAGUGACUUACGAAUAAAAACGGUUCUGCAUAAGUUAACCUUCUUAGAAAUGUGAGUGAUUACAGCUGUCCAGCUCUCGAGAUCCCCACACUGGCUCUCGGUCCCUCGGCUCCGAGCACGGUCUCUUUUUAGGACUAGCUCUUAAACACUAGACUACUGGCCUACUUCGACUUGUGCUUCAUCCAGCUCAGGGUUUCUGUGCUAUAUGACACACAACCACGUGAAUUCGACCGAUACGAUGUCAUUUCACGCACAAGGCCUAAUAUCAGUGUUUAUAAACAACAUUUUUUUAUGUUUGUUGGUCUUGGGGACAUAAACAGAAUUAUUCGAGACCCCUGAUUAUUCACGUAGAUGCAAUAACAAGAAGCGCGUUAUAAGCUCUCUGGACCAAAAAAAAACAAAACACACAGACUCCGUCGUUAGCAGCGCUUUAUUGUAUGAUGUCGAUAGUUUGAGCACUUGGACGAACGGACUCGCCAAACACAACACCGACUCUCCUCAGUUCCAGCAUGAAGACUAAGGUGUGCAGGACAAGAUCCGUGUGCGAUUUGUUCAUGGAAACACUGACAGCGCUGUAAAAUCAGCAGCACUUCGAUUCUAUAGAGAACGCGUGGGAUUAUUUGGAAGUGAAAAAGUGAAAUACGGCAGAAACUUUUAGCUGAAUUGCACCCAGUCAGCGGAAGAGGGGGGCCAAAACUUACAGGCACUCAAAACACCGUCGGUUUCCUGACUUUACAAAAAAAAAAAAGCGAGAGAGACGAAACCAAGUAUUAAAGAAGGAUUUCUUUUUUUCUUUCUUUCUUCCGAGGAACUUCUGAGACUGAACUCAAAGCUUUAAGCUGUGCAGUCGAUUUCAGACAGAUGCACUUCCGUUUUUAAUGUUUUUUUUUUCUUUUUUUAAAUCAAUUGCAUAAUCCUGUACUGUGUGCUCAGUUUAUCCAGGCUGUUUUUACACUUGGCGUAUUUAUUUUUAACCCGCAGCGCAUGUUUGUCAUGUUAUCAGACAGGAAUCAGCUGCUUUUAAAAGGCGCUGAUGCUGCUGGGGGGUUUUUUUGGUCACAGUAGAGCUUCCACAAUCUCCUGACCAAUCCGAUCACAAGCCAAGGGGCAAGACAGAAAAAAACAAACGAGUGCUGGUGAAAGAAUUAGUUAACGAGUCUCUCUUGAUUUCCUGCCUCCAAAGCUACAGCGAAGACAAACCACCUCCUCAUCCCCAGAGUUACGCUGAUCCUUCUUUCGUCUGAUUACUGAGAAUAAUAAAUCUAAUCUACAGAGCAGGCCAGGCUUAAAAACCCACCCAGUGUGAGAGAGAGCUCGGUUUGUGAACUGACUCGGCACGACAUUCCUGGUUUACUGUAGCUCUUCUGUCCGGACGGAACGGAAACCGGUUUGUGUAGCAGCUCGUCUCUCUGGACGCUCUCAGUUUCACGGUGUGACGGAGUGCAGAUGCAGAGGAGGAGUUUGGGAAUGUUGGGGGAUUCCCCUUUGGUCAGGGCUUCUUCAGGUGUUUUCCUCAGCAGCACUUUCCAUUUUAGAGAUUUUAUUUUUCAAUAGUACGCUUCACUAGAAGUAUACAUGUGUAUAGCAGUUCCACUAAAGCUGUGCUGUUAUCCAGCGUGUAGACUUCAGACCUGCCAACCUUUCACUCGCGCUCGCCGCCCUCUUCCCUCUUCCGCACACUGUCGUGAACUCUCGCUAUCGGCUGGUGUCGCUGUGAUUGACAGGGCUCAGAGCGAGUAUGCCCCUCCCAUCCAGAGAGCAGGUCUCUAUCUCCGGACGGCAAGUCCUUCCCCCAGAUGAACCGAUCGAUAGACGGAUCUGGAAUGACCGACAGCUGCGUAGAUGUUUCGAACUCUCUGAUGUUCACCGACAAUCUCGAAGCCCCGCCCACUUUUCUAUUAUCUUAAAUUCUCUGACGGUAGCUACAAUGGGAAUGUUUUGAGUUCGUUAAUGUGAAAUAAACUCUCUAUCAGUGUGCGUUUGAAUUAGCUAACUUUAUACGUGUAUAUAGCUAACAUCGGCUACUACGUUUAUUAGCGAUGAGAUCCGUAGUUUUUUUUUCUUUUCUUUUUUUCUUUUUUAAAUGAUUAAGUAGGCCAAAUCUAACACGUUACAAAUGAUUUAAUGCUAACGAUCAUUAGAAAGUGAUUAAAUACGUUGUUGUGGCAGUAUUUAAACGUCGUGGCCAAGCCCGUCACGAUAGUGUGUGUGUGUGUGUGUGUGUGUAUAUACACACACACACACACAGUGUUUUUGCGAUUUGGAGGGAAACAAAAGUUGUUUGUCUGGUUUUUUUGGUUCGAAUGUAAACACUUAAAGCACGUAACAUCGUUUUCCUAGAAUAGUUUCUACUCCAGUCACGUGACUUACUCGAGCAUGCAUUAUUCUCUCUAAGGUUGGCAGGUUGAAAUGUCAUUUGCGUCGGGAACGCGUCUAUCGUUACGGCGAAACGAAUGACCGUUGUGGUCGUUUUAAUUUUUUUUUAAACGGCAAAACGCCGCUUGUGGAUCAGUCAGAAAACAAGCCGGACGCGGUUGGAUCGAGUUUUAGAGCACGGUUUGCUAAGGUAAGCUCAGAACGGUGUCGGCGUACGCCGAGUGCAGGUUCUGUGUGCUUUGGAAACGGUUGUAUUAUUUGUAAAAGGAGUAUUCCGUGCAUUAACUGAUGAGUAUUAAGAGUUUGUCCGUUUAUUUUCACCUGUAUUAAUCAGUAAGGAUAUUUCUGAUCGACGUAGAUCACGGAUCAGGAUAGAGCUUUGAUUUUUUAAUUUUUUUGUUUGGGUGAUAUACACAUUGUUUAAUUUUAUUACAUUUUUUCAGAGCUCGUGCUUACGUAGUCGUAGUGUAGCAGAUAACAGUACAAAUGUAGCAUUAACGAAAUCUAGGCUAUAAAUACAGCGAAUCGCGGGAAGAAAAAGGGUUUUUACAUUCGUGCUAUCCGUUAACUCUAAUUUAAACCUCAUUAUCAACAUUAACACUUUCUCACCUUCAGCCUCGGGCUCUAACCCUUCUCACGUCCGUAUUUAUAUCCGUUCUACGAUAACCUGCUGCUCUUGGAGAGUUUUUUGCCUAGAGUUAUAAUCAUUAAGCGCGUUCUACGUGACACAGACGGGUGAUAAAACGUUCUGCUCUUGUUUUAGCUCGGUACAAACCGAUAUCUGUGUUAUCUGGGCAAAUUAAAUGGUUACUGUUACUCGCACGAAUAACAGGACGGAAUUCAUGAAUAAAAAGCUGUAGUUUUUGUUCAUCUUUAUUUCUGGGUUUUUUUUAUGAUUCACAGCCAUGGUUACUGAAUGUAUUACAUUUUUUUUUAAAAACACGAUUUAUAUCAAGGUUGUUCCGGUUAUUAUUUAGCUAUCGUAAGAAAGGGGUUAAAUCUCAAGAACUGAAAGCAAGUAUAAGUGAUGUUAACUUUAAUCGAAGUACAAUUUUAAUAACCAGGAAGUGUUUCCACUGUGUUUCGAAUCUACAUGUGUGUGAAUAAAUCAGCAUGAUGGUACAUAUUUACAUUAUUGUUGUUCAAAUGAAAUCUGUCCUGGGUCCUGGGAAAUGUCUUUUUUUGCUGAUCUGUCAGUGACUAAAUUCGAUACCAUGACGUCAGCGUAUCUUCAUUCCCGAACACAACGUGUGGUUCUUGUGUGUUGAAUUAGUUGUACAGUUGCUUUGCACCGUGACUCUUAGCAUCUUGAGCACAGUGUGCUUUCACAAAAACGACACGGCUCUUCCUCUUUACUCCUGAUUGCGUUGUGUGUUUCGUUUCGAAAGAUUAUGUACAUACGAGCAUACAUCCAGUUCUGUAUAUACUUUUGUAGCAAGAAUGUGAAGUGCUUAAGAAAUAAAUAUACAGUUUUGCAAACGUC